AUGGUGGAAUCAGCAGCGGGACUCGAAUCCUGUUGUGGCCGACACUCCAGCUCCACAGAUGCGCAUACGAUGACCCGCACGGGCCCGUUUCACACAACUGCUGCCAUCUCUGUAGAGAAGACACGAUGCUUGACAGAGCCAUACGUAGCUCCGCCCGCCACCGCUGCUAUCGCAGCUGGCCUUACACCAAAGUCAUCCGUUGCGUCCACAGAGGAGGGGCGCCGCCUGCUGCCACGCAGGCUUUCUAUUCGUAGUCUUGACAGAACUGCCGAGUUGUGGGACAUCUGCAGCGAUCAUGUAGAGCGACAGAGUAGCGCCACCGCAGCAGCUGCGGAAAAGGAGGAAGUGGACGAGGGGAGCAUCCCGUACGACUACGAAUCAGAGAUGGAGGAGUGCAGCCAGUACACCUUUAGCGACGCGCCGUACAGCCCGUCCACGACGGCAGCGUUGGCGUCCGCGGGGUCGCCGCUGACGGGAUCGAUGUCAUCUUCCAGGCGGCCUGGUACGCCGCAGAUUCCUUCUGUUAUGGCGCUACCUUCCAGUGUUGCCACGGCUCCGGAGCAGGAAUCGCUGAGCCCACAGUGGUGCGAGCGUCAGCGCCGUGAUAAUGCCUCGUACCACGCUGACGAGCACUACGCUUGGCAGCAAGACAUGAGGCAGGCGGCUACCGCGGGGCCCUCGCAGAUGCGCUACGCUCUUCGCUCCCUUGUGCGAGAGGCGUGUUGCCGCGAAAUUCGAUCUUUGCGCUCGCAGCCCGCCGUCUCUUUUACUCGGAUGGACGCACCUCAAUCGGCGAGCUAUACUCUCUCCUCGAUGCGUGCGUCAUGCAUGCUGGCCUCGGCCACCACGGCAGCGCAGAGUAAGGCCCGCUACAUCCAGAUCGUCAUCGAGCACUGGAAGGCUCUGGAGGAACGCCUCGAGGAGAUGUUGGCGGAGACGGAGAAGGGGAGCGUGGUGGAAAGCGAGUCGCACCUGCGCUCUGUGGGCUACGCCCUAAAUGCUCUAUCCCUCUUCAGCAACGACCCUCAGCUCAUCAUCCGUGACAUAAACAUGGGGCAUGUCGAGGAGCAUCGCCGCCAGCGGCACGAUCGCAAGGCACAGCUGCUCAUGACACUCGAGUCGCAGGGGCGGCUCUUCCUGUUACCCACCCUAUAUGCUGAGGAGGUGGAGGAGCCGAUGCCAGUUCUGAACAUCGAGUCAGUGCUGACCUCGAACGAGAAGGUUGGUGAGUACACGCACCCAUGGCAGCUGCUGUCGCCUGACAUGUCUCUCUACUCGCCGUCGCCGAGCCCCACGCCGGACGAGUCCAUUGGCACUCUCUCCCCGUGCUCGUCUGUGUGCAUCUCUGCCACAUGCUCGCCCAUCCUCGCCUCUGAGUCUCCCUCAGUCAUCUCCACUCGGCUGAAAGUCGGCCGCAGCGAUGUCUGGCAGGACAUGAGGCCGCCGCGGUUGCCUUUUUUAGACCUCUUCAUGACGACACCGGCUGUGGUGCCAUCCACUGCCGUAGCAAGCAACGAGAUCGGCACGCCGUACGUCAUGCCGGUGGACCCCACCUAUGCGCAGCGGGAGGUGAACCGGCAAGAAGCGCUCGCUCAUACCACCGUGGUUGAUUCUCUGUUCUCCCCGCAGCUCUCCGGUGCCAUGGUCCGGUGCGAGAACGCAUCUGCGUGCGCUUCAGAUGACCACCUGCGUCCGAUACGGCUUGAUGGCGCGGAGAGCAGUUGGGAGUCGUACGUGGAAGAGGAUGUGUUUGACUUCGCCGAGGGGAUCAACAUGGGUGAAGCAGAGUUGCUCCUACUGAGCUUCGAAAUGAGCGAGGCCGUCUCUACAGCGGAGCCGGUGGCACUGAUACGAGCGACUCUGACGGAUGGCUGA